AAAUAUGAUGCUGUUAUUGUGUCUUUCAUUUCAGGUCUGUGAGAGCUCUACAGGCAGCAUUGAGUUGUGUCAGAAAAGCCAUGAAGACAUUACCGAAUGGGUCAAAACCGAGGGUGGUUUUAGUAUCAGAUACUCCCACUCUUGUAAACACUCUUGCUCAGAAUAUAAGUGAAUUUGCAGAGGUUCUUCGAUUUGAUUACAAACAUUACAGAGGAGAUAUUGCUCAAAAUAAUAAAUUGCGUAGUUUAGAUUUCCGAGUGAAGGAUUGGGGACCUGCACCUAGAUGGGUUGCAUUUGUGGACUUCUUCCUUGCAUCACGCGCAAAACAUGCUGUUGUAUCUGGGGCUCAUAAGCGUGUUGGGACUACUUAUGCCCAGUUAAUUGCAGCACUGGCUGCAGCAAACCAUCUUGGAGAAGAUUCUGCGCGUUCAAGUUUUUCAUUCUUGAGCAGCUUCCAGAGUAAUCUGUUGACAGAUGGUUUAAGGUUGCAGGUUGGAUGGGGACAUGUAUGGAACAGAUUUGCUGGUCCAUUAAGUUGCCACAACCAGCCUAAUCAAUGUGCUUUCACGCCGCUUCUCCCUCCAGCUUGGUGGGAUGAUCUGUGGCAAUCUCCCAUUCCUCGCGAUCUUCGUAGGCUUGCGACAUAUGGCAUUUUUCUAUCUGAUUUUGGCACAAUUGAUGAAGUUGAACUUCAGUCUUUCUGUAGCUCAAAGAAAAAGAAGGUGAAAACUGUCCUAAUCAUCUAAUUGAUGAAGAUGAACUACACGGUAGCGAGAUUCAAACAUUUUGAUGCUUCAUUUUUUGUUACUAUUGUAACCACACUAUCAUUCGGAGUACUAAUUCAUGCCUACAAGCUACAGUUUCGUCAGUUAUAAGUUCUUCAUUGGUUCAGCUCCAAGGGAUUUGCUUGUCGCAGCUCAUUUAAGCCGAGAAUAGAAAUGCAGCCACGUGUCUUCUCAU